AUGUGUAUCGCAUUGAUCUCAACUGCCCACCCGGAAUACUCGUUGAUCAUAAUCAACAACAGAGAUGAAUUCCUCCACCGUCCCACAUCAUCCCCAGACUGGUGGCCGGAGCCAGCCUCACAUGUCCUCGGCUCACGAGACCUAGCCCGAUCUACACAUGGCACUUGGAUGGGGGUCACCAAGCAUGGCAAGGUGGCAGUUCUAACCAACUACCGUGAGGAUACGACCACCGCAGCUAUCGGAAUCUACAGCCGGGGCGUCAUCGUCAACAGCUGGUUGAUCGGGUCCACCGACAAGCGAGAAGAUACCACGGAGUUUGUACAAGGCAUCGUGGCAAGCCCAGAAGCAAAACAGGUGGGGGGGUUCAGUCUGGUGUGUGGACAUAUCAACGAGCCCUUGGCCAUCGUCUCCAACCGUUCCACAGACAUGGACCAGAUCACCUGGGUGGCAACGGAGAAAAACCAGACGCGUGGGCUUAGCAACACAAGCUUUGAUGACAGGACCUGGCCAAAGAUUAUUGAUGGGGAGCAGUUGAUGGAAGCUGCUAUUGAUGAGCAUGUACAAAAGGGAGACGGGGCGGACGAGGAUGCAUUGAUUGAUCGUCUACUGCAGGUUCUCAACACUGAUAGUCUACCACGACUGCCAGAUGAGAAUGCCACAAUUGAGACAUACAUCCAUCAUCUUCACAAGACCAUCUUCGUUCCUGUCAUCGGUGGUCCAAAUGAUCGUGACCAAGACGCAGAGAAAGUCGCUGCGGCUCGGGUAGAGGAUGAGUCCCCGACAAAUGGACCCCCUGACCAGAGUUACACUUGUGGGUCAUAUGGGACGCAGAAACAAACUGUUCUCCUGGCACGACCAGAUGGGCGAGUCCGAUAUUUUGAAAGAACGCUGUAUGACAAUGAUGCGAAGGCUGUGCCGAUCGGGCAAGGCGAUCAUUCAUUUGAAUUCAACAUCACGGAGUAG